AUGCCGGAACUGUCAGAGUCCAUAGCGGCCAUCAAGCAAGGCGCCAAGGAGGACCGGUUCACGUACCUGACCAUCCUGCAGUACCAUGUCAAGUCGCCCGAGAUCCUGCCGGCCCUCAACGACGUGCUCGAGCAGGAUGCCCAGCUCGCCGAGGAGAUCGGCUGGGACCUCGUCCAGAUGCUGCUCGGCAUCCCCGGGUCCGAGACGUGCCUCGAGACCGUGGCACGGCUGGGAAACCCCCGCGAGGUCAUCAUCAAGGUCAUGGAGGCCUUAGACGGGCUGACGGAGGCUGCAGGUGAUGAGGAGGCAGCGACGACGCCGGAUGUUUCCGCCAGGUUCAUCGUGCUGCUCGGCAUGGUGGCCAUUCUCCACCGCCGCAUCAAGACUAAGUACCCCUCGCGCUUCCUGGGCCCCUCGCUUGUCAAGGUCUUUGAGGCGUACCAGCCUACCCCCGAGAUGACGGCUGCGGUGAUCAAUCUCGUGCGCUCGCUAUCGGGACGCAAGAGGCCCGCACUUCCCACCCGGAAGUCGAGCAUCAACGUCACCAACUUAGACCAGGACGGGGAUAACUCCAAGAAUGCGCCGGAUCCCGAGGCGGAGCAGGAGGAGCCUACCGAGGACAAGAUGCAGGAGAAGCUGCUGCAGGCCUUUGUGACUUGUAUCUUGCAGCGUUAUGUCAACCAGAAUGAGAUGCAGUGGUCUGCCCGACUUCUCGAGUACUAUCACCCUGAGAAGUUAGUUCCGGGCAAGAAGACGAUAGCACAGGCUUUCAAUGAGGACGGACCACUUCAUCAAAGAGACGCGGUGAUUGGGCAGCUUGUUGCGUUGGCCGAUGAUCUAGGUUUGACCAAGCUCUCUGACAGUUUCAUAGCGUACAUGUACGAGAACGUGACCAUAGUGGACCCCCUUGCUGCCUUCGAGGACUUCAGUUCCCCAGAGGAUAUUCACCUGUCUCCCGGCGGUGCCGUGUGUCUCAUCGCAUACUGGGUGUUCUCCUCCGAAGUCUUCGACGCAGACAACCCCCAACCAGGAAUGUAUAUCUUCCCCGAUCACGUCACACUGCUAGAGCGCUUCCUCGGCACCGAAGCCCAAGUAGAGAUCGGCAGCAGUCCCGGCAUCGCCGACGCGUUACUUGCCAUCGGCCUCGGCCUACAACACAAGGGCCUCAUCAAACGAGGGACGGACACGAAUUUCAUGGCGUACCACCAUCACCUAACCCUCAUCUCCGUCUUCCAUCCCGACAUCCAAAUCCGCAACGCAGCCACCUCCUUCGCCGGCACGAUCCUCCACUCGGACCCAGACGACCAGAACCGCCUCGACAUCCUCGAGGACCUGCUGGAAAACUGCAUGUUCGCCUCCCUCAAAGCGUGCGCCGUCGUCUGGCUCAAAGAAGAACUCAUCGCCGCCCGCAAAGGCAACGCAACUAACCAGUUCUCGUCCCCGGACGUCAUCGAUCGGCUGCAGUAUUUUGUGUUCCCCGCCACCUCGGCCGUGAAGGAUAUGGGCGAGGAAGAGCUCCUCGAUUAUUGGGCGCAGAAUAGUUUGUUUCUUUUGCAGGUGGCGAAUUUUGCGUUUUUCUUGUUUUCGGAGGGGUGCAGGGGGUUGGUGCCCGCGGGCAUGAGGAGUGCGGUUGAGCAGAGGUUUGCGGAGCCGUUGGUGGGGGCCGCGGAGAGGUUGUUGAAAAGGGCAAAGGGGCAGGGGGGGUUGGGGGGGUUGGGGGAGAAGGAUACGAUGGGAGUGAGUAUAUUGGCGGAGAGGUUGAAAGGGUUGCCGUUGCAGUGA